AAACCUCCGCAUCAUUUUCUUCCUUUCACGUGUAACUACAAGCUAGAUAUAUAGAUCGAAGAACCAACAUCAUAUCGAAAACUAGCUAGCUAGACUUGUAGUUUUCAUCCAUAUAUAUAUAUAUAUAGGAGUUUCUAGCUAGCUAGGUCCUCUCUCUAUAUAUAUAUAUCCUGCCAAUAUCCAGAUAUAUUCGAUCUUGACAGCUGCAUCUUGAAUAUCAGAAUUUCAAGCUGCCAAUGGUGCAAAAAUAAAAUGAUCAACAACAAUACUACUAAUGAUCAAGAAGCAGGUGGUAAGCUAUCAUCAAACCCUAAUCAUCAGCUAGCAUCGAGACAGAAUUCAGGCUUCAAGAAUCCAAGAAUUGUAAGGGUAUCACAAGCUUUCGGAGGGAAAGACAGGCAUAGUAAAGUGUUAACCGUAAAAGGCUUGAGAGACCGAAGAAUUAGGCUUUCUGUGGCUACGGCAAUCCAGUUAUACGAGCUUCAAGAUCAGUUGGGGCUAAGCCAACCGAGUAAGGUGAUCGAUUGGUUGAUUGAUGUCACUAAAGAUGAUAUUGAUGAGCUUCCACCCCUCCAAAUGGCAAUACAAGACUUCGAUCGGUUUCAUCUUCCAUCAAACUAUCAAUCAGACUUUAACUCCACAAUACUUUCUGCAUCUCCAUUCCUAAACAACAACAAUCCAAAUUUUCAUGAUUAUUAUCAAAGAACAAAAGGGAAGGAACCAAUUGUAGAAACAACCAAGCCAAACACUUAUGAUCGCUACUAUCAUAACUUUCAUCUAUCUCCGUAUCUAUCUUUAUCAUCAAGAUCGGAUCACCAACUGGCUGAUACUUACAUUAAUCCUAAUUCUUCAUUGACUCCCUCACCUGAGCCCCGGUUCUUCUCAUGCUUUCCUGGCAUGACAACGCCGCCUUCACUUUGCUCUCCAUACUUCCUCCCAAAUCAUUUUUCAUUGUUGAGCUCGAAUUCACCAUAUAUGAUACCAAAUUCGGUUGUGCCAGUAGUACCACACAACCUUGCCGACACUCAAGCAAAAGUACCGUUUGGAAUACAUAUGAAGCCUAAGGUAGAUUCGGAUAGCAAUGACUUUGGAUGAUUGCUUAUCAAUCGCAAUGAUCAAGACAGUAUGUACGUUGGCGGAAGAGAAAGAGAAGAGGCACAAAUUAAGCUUGGUAAUUAUAUAUAUAUAUAUCGACUUAUAAUUUUUCUUGUAACAAGGUUUGAUUGUUUAAUCUUGGGUAAAUUUUAUAUAGACUAAUAAUGCAAUAUAUAAUCUAUCAAUUAAUAUCAAUCUGUAUACCAUUUGUACGUUUUUAUAAAA